AAGAAGUGAAGGCUCUGUGGAGAGCGUCCUAGUGUUUAGGUGUCCGAGCUGACCUGGCCCCACGCACUGCUCGUUGGUGCUUCCGUGACAGCGCAGCACGCGUGCCCAGGCCUGGUUCCUCACUGCCAGGCCCAUCAUCACUCACUGGCUUUUUCCUUCCUCAUGUUAGAUUGGAGCUGGAGGGAGCAUCACUGGGCUGAAGUUUAACCCUCUCAAUACCAACCAGUUUUAUGCCUCCUCAAUGGAGGGAACAACUAGGCUGCAAGACUUUAAAGGCAACAUUCUACGAGUUUUUGCCAGCUCAGACACCAUCAACAUCUGGUUUUGUAGCCUGGAUGUGUCCGCCAGUAGCCGAAUGGUGGUCACAGGAGACAACGUGGGGAACGUGAUCCUGCUGAACAUGGACGGCAAAGAGCUUUGGAAUCUCAGAAUGCACAAAAAGAAAGUGACGCAUGUGGCCCUGAACCCAUGCUGUGAUUGGUUCCUGGCCACAGCCUCCGUAGAUCAAACAGUGAAAAUCUGGGACCUGCGCCAGGUUAGAGGGAAAGCCAGCUUCCUCUACUCGCUGCCGCACAGGCAUCCUGUCAACGCAGCUUGUUUCAGUCCCGAUGGAGCCCGGCUCCUGACCACGGACCAGAAAAGCGAGAUCCGAAUUUACUCUGCUUCCCAGUGGGACUGCCCCCUGGGCCUGAUCCCACACCCUCACCGUCACUUCCAGCACCUCACACCCAUCAAGGUGAGUGGCGGAGGGAAGGAGCUCCCAGAAGGAAGCUGUGAUCAUGAGGCUGGAGCAGGUCUGCCCACGGUGGGGAAGGGCUGAUGUGGUAAGCCUGCCACCCCAGAUCGCUCCUGGCCCAAGCACAGAGCAUCUCUUACCCUUUGGCUCUCUCUCUUCCUUUUAUCCCACUUCUGCCAUUCCAUAUGGUUGAGUUUUCUUUCUGUCUCUCUGAUAAAGUAUUUUUCUGAGUUUUUUCAGCCCAGCUCUGAUCUCACGGUGAGCAUUUUCUAAGAUCCUGACCCUCUGUUCUGUCUUCUCAGCUUCAGUUACCUGUGUACAGUUGACCCACAAACCCUCACCUUUUAUUUAUUUAUUUUUUUUAAGGCAGGGUCUCGCUCUGUCACCCAGCUGGGAGUAUAGUGGGGCAAUCAUGGUUCAUUGCAGCCUUGAUCUC